AUGCGUCACGCGGCGGGCGCGUGCGCGUGCGCAUGUCGGCCGCUCCACCAACGAGAGUGUGCCUUCCGGGCGGUGCACGGCGCGGGCACAUCCACCCUUCACUGCACCACAUGGCGAGAUAUGAUGUAUAUAGCGGGGGCUCGGGGUCCACGCGAACCGACGACUCCCGUCGGACCGGAAGGAAAAUUUUACAAAACUUCGUUAACAAAUUUCCUUAAAGUAAAACGAUCUACGAUGACGUCAUUCGAUCGACUAUUAUUUUUUGUAGCCGAGAUCGCGUUCCGCUCAGACGUUUCCUCAACAUCGCGAUCGAUCAUAUCACCGAACGGACGAAACGAGAUCACAGCUCGUUUCACUUUCAGAAAAUUUCGUACCAAAGAGACGGUCGGAGCGCGGCCACAGAGCGGGAACAAAAAUUAUUGUCAUCCAAUUCUUAAAUUUCCGGCGGUCAUCGGUUUCCGUUCACUCGAUACCGCACAGACGACCGCCCUCCUCGGCUUCGGCCGCGAUCACCCGCGAUAUUUUCGCGGGACGUUCUCCGAAGCUCAGAUCGACGGCUCGGGGACCGAUCCCGAGUUCGGGACGGGUUCUCCGCCCGAGCGACGCCGCGCUCGUUCGCGGGCGGCGAUCGAUUCACACGGACCGGGGGGAGAUCGGGGCGGUUCACAGCUGGUACCACUUCUUGUCCUUGUACUUGAGCAUGAGCUGGUGCGCGGAGGAGGAGAACUCGGCGGCCUGCGAGUGCAUCCGCUCGGUGCGGUCCUCCAGCUGCGACAGCUUGUCCCCGCGCUCCAGCACCAGCUGGUGCGCGCGCGCCACCUCGCCCCCCGCGUGCGCCGCGCGCGCCCCCAGCGCCUCCACCGCCCCCGCCCCCGCGCCCGCCCCCGCGCCCUGCACCACGCGGGCCACGGCGCGGUUCGGCUUGCCGCUGCUCUCUCCGACUGA